AUGACUCUUCAACUAGCAGAUAGAUCUCUGAAAUAUCCUUAUGGGGUAGCUGAAGAUGUGAUUGUGAAGACUGCAAGAGUUUUGAUUGAUGUGGAAAAUGGCAAACUGAAGGUGAGAGUGCAAGAUGAAGAAGUAAAUUUUGAUGUUUUUGAAGCUAUGGCUCACCUAAAGGAUGACAAGGAGUGUUUCCAUCUUGACACUCUUGACAAAAUUUGCAUGAUACAAGAGAAGAAAGCAAGUGAUAUUUUUCUUUUAGAGGAGACGCUAGUUGACACUUGUGAAGAAUUGUAUGAGAAAGAAGAAGAAUUGAUUAAUGAGUGCUUGGAUGAUUUGAAAGAAGUCCCUUUGCAUAAGAUGGAAGAGAUCAACACAGAAGAAAAAGUCAAGGAAAGCAAAUUGGAGUUGAAGAUGUUACCACCACACUUAAAGUAUGCGUUCUUAGAAGAAAGGGAGAAUAAACCAGUUAUCAUCAGUAAUUCUCUCUCUCCCAAAGAAGAAGAAAGGUUGGUUGAGAUACUAAAAGCCAACAUAGGAGCUAUUGGAUGGUCAAUCUCAGAUCUCAAAGGCAUAAGUCCGACUUAUUGCAUGCACAAAAUUUUUAUGGAAGAUGAUUACAAACUAGUUGCUCAACCACAGAGAAGGUUAAAUCUAAUGAUUAAGGAGGAGGUGAGAAAAGAAGUGCUAAAGUUACUUGAGGUUGGUAUUAUUUAUCCUAUUUCUGACAGUGCAUGGGUAAGCCUAGUAGAGGUGGUACCAAAGAAAGGUGGGAUGAUAGUUAUUUAUAAUGAUAAAAAUGAGCUCAUACCUACAAGGAAUGUUACUGGAUGGAGGAUAUGUAUUGACUAUAGGAAGUUGAAAAAUGCUACUAGGAAGGAUCAUUUUCCCCUUCCUUUCAUGGAUCAAAUGCUGGAGAGAUUGGUAGGUCAGGCUUUCUAUUACUUUAUGGAUGGAUAUUCUGGAUAUAAUAAAAUUGUGGUUGAUCCAAAGGACAAGGAGAAGACAACCUUCACUUGUCUAUUUGGAGUUUUUGCUUAUAGAAAAAUGUCGUUUGGGUUAUGCAAUGCUUCAGCUACUUUUCACAGAUGCACCCAAUCCAAUCUUGUUCUCAAUUGGGAAAAAUGUCACUUUAUGGUAACGAAAGGGAUUGUUUUGGGUCAUAAAAUUUCUUCCAUGGGAAUUGAGGUUGAUAGAGAAAAAGUGGAAGUCAUUGAAAAACUCCCACCACCAACCAAUGUGAAGGGAUUCAGAAGCUUUUUGGGUCAAGGUACUCAAGCACUAUGGUGUGAGACACAAGCUAGCUACACCUUAUCAUCCACAGACAAAUGGGCAAGCUGA